GCAGCACUGUAGCCAAACGGUAUGGCAAUCGUCAGAUCCCCAUUUUCUUUCCGUAUAGACAGCCAUCAUGCCGCCUAAAAAGGAUACGAAGGGAUCUUCCAAGCAACCCCAAAAGACCCAAAAAAAGAAGGAAGGUGGAUCUGGAGGGAAAGCUAAGAAGAAGAAGUGGUCCAAAGGUAAAGUAAGAGACAAAUUAAACAACCAAGUGUUGUUUGAUAGAGGAACAUAUGACAAAUUGCUGAGAGAAGUUCCUCAAUACAAAUUGAUAACACCUUCAAUCGUCAGUGAAAGGCUGAAAAUUAGAGGAUCUCUUGCUAGAAGGGCAUUGAUCGAGCUACAACAGAAAGGUUUGAUCAAACAAGUAGUUCAGCAUCAUGCUCAACUGAUUUAUACUAGAACUACGAAGGGAGAUGAUCCAGCGACAUAAAAAUGUUACACUAUGUAUAAAGUUGCUUAAUAAAAUAUUUGUAUAAAUCAGUAUUUUUAAUAAUCAAUAUUUUCAACUGGUAAUUAAUGAUUUAUUUAAUUUAAAAGACUUCUUACGUUAUUUAAGUAUGAAAGCAACAAUUUAUUUUGAAUUCAAUAGAAAUUCAAUCAAAGUUUUCUUUGUACGUAGAAAAUGACAACUUUAAUUUAAUACAGUUCUAAAUAAUUGAUUAUCGAAUACAUAAGCGAAUUCAAUGAAUAAAAAUUAAUGAAAAUAUAAUGAA